AUGCUCGGCGGCUCGGUAGUGCGAGCAGCGGCGGCGAUGCGCGUCUGCGCUGCGCCGACACAGUGGGUGCGUACGUUCGCCAUUUCGCGACUCGUAUGCCAAGAGACCAAGGCCGAGUGGACGCCCCUUUCGCAGCGGGUAGGCCUGAUUACACGUAAGAAAGGCAUGACGACCAUGUUCACGCCGGAAGGCCAACGUGUGCCUGUGACUGUGCUGUACGUGGACAGCAACCAGAUUUCGAAGCAUAUCCGCCAUGAGCCGGCCUCGUCUGAAGAGGCCCCGUAUAUCGCGAUGCAAGUCGCUGCGACCGAUGCCCGGCCGCAGGCCGUGACGGCGCCUGUACGUGGCCACCUUGCCAAGGCGGGGCUGGGCCCCAAGCGUGUGCUGCGUGAGUUCCGUGUGUCGGAAGAUGCACUGGUGCCGCUUGGUACGCAGCUCUCCGCCGCGCACUUUGUGCCGGGCCAGGAUGUGGAUGUGCGUGCGAUCACACGUGGUAAGGGCUUUGCCGGUGUGAUGAAGCGCCACGGCUUCGCCGGAGGCAAUGCCUCGCAUGGUGCCUCGCUUGCGCACCGUACCCCUGGUUCGAUCGGUAACAACCAGGACCCCGGCCGUGUGUUCCCAGGCAAGCGCAUGCCUGGACGCAUGGGUGGCCACUACCGCACUGUGCAGAAUGUGCGUGUACUGCGUGUGGAUGUGAAGAAUGAGCUGCUGUUCGUCAAGGGCCACGUUCCUGGGCCGGAGGGCGGUGUCGUCCUUGUGCGGGAUGCGCUGAAAAAUCUGGUGAAGAACGCAUACUUUACGUAUCGCCGUGGCCAGACGCCGGCAGGCGAGCUGUUGGACCCUGCGAAGGGCGCGGCACAGUACUUGCCGCGUGGCUUGACGGGUCUGCCGUUCCCGGCCGGCACACGCGAGAUGGCAGCGGCGCUGCCGGACGUGAUCGAGGUCGGUCCAUACCCAUAA